UAUGAUGUUUUGGUUUGAAACGAAAUAGUUGAAAAGACCAAAUCAAAGGUUAGAUUGCUUUAUUUGUUAUUCAUAUAUUUUCCUAUUCCUCCAUAUUUUUUGCGACGUAUGAAUAGAAGAAUUAUACACAAUUAACAUAAGAGAGAGCUCUGCAUGCGCACCCUAUAAUAUUUACAAGCAUAAGGACAAAUGUCAUAAGAUCGCUAAUUUCACUUAGAUCUUUUACUGGCUUUUGAAAACCCGACUGCAGGCGUUGAUUGAAAUACGACUAUCUUCAGCUCUUUUCUCCGUUUCAACAGUGGUCUAGCCAACAAAGAUACUUGAAAAACAGAUAUUGCAUUUACUUCUCAUUCCGAACGUUGUCCCGAUCGAUUGACGGAUCUCCUUCGAGCUAAAAAGCUUCCGCUAAGAAUGUUCGAGGUAUCAAUUUCCCUGGUUUAUCAUUAGUGUACAGGUCCUGCGGGAAAGGACAAACAACUUUGAGUAGAUAUAGUUGAACAUCCAAUCGAAUAGACUUUUGCAAAUUACAAGCAUGUGCCAAAAUGAAGGAGAGCCAAAGGAAACACAAACUGACGGAUGCGAGCGGGAGACGAAAAACGAAGAAAGACGGAAGAUAGAUAAAAAAUUACAAUAGGAAAAUUAUGGAUGACAGAUGAGAAACAAAUAGAAAAAGUAUGUGAAAUGACAUUUGUCCACACGAUGCGUAAAAAUUCAAAUUGUAGCGGGAAUUUUAAAACGUUUGCACGAAUCAGUAUUUGAAUAAUUCGAUCCACGAAGAAUUUUCUAAAAACAUUAUUGAGCACUGCCGAGUCCCUUGUUCUGGGUUAUAUGUAUCCCAAUAAGUUAGACUGAAAUUAGGGUGAAUCUAGCCAACAACACACAGACUGAUAGGUGAAAAGAUGUACUUUUUGCUACCCCUGCUGAUUGAUUUUCCCCUUGGCCUUGAUGGUUUAGGGAACUGUCUACGAUACCGGGACUUGGGCGUGACUAUCGAAUUCAUCACCCAACCGGGCCGUGUAAAAUGUGUCAAAACCAACGCCCGACCGUCCGGAACGAGACCGGCAAUAAUAAUCGUUUGUACACACAAACGAUGUGCAUACCAUUAAAAAAAAUAUGGCGAGAGCCCUCGACGGAUGGUUCUCUUUCGAGAGAUGAAAUAUUGUGACUUUUACGAUGGCUUUUACUACUUUCGCUCCUAAUUAAUUUCUCUUUUGUUCUGGUGUUCGAAACGCGAUACAAAUUUAUCCUGCCCGCGUUCGUGUGCAACAUAAUUUCGAAUUCGUUUCAUCAGCCCACAUCCAUUUGUGGAUGCACAUUCUCGUGUGUUGUGGGACUGUACACAAGCAGAAAUUUUUGCAAAUGCCCAAAAUGGGCGCAGGUAACGGAAAAACACGAAGAAAGUAACGUACAUUACAUGGAUAAUUCCUCUUAGAACAGAUGUUUUCUUGAGGCAAAAGGUAAAGAAAGAAAUGCGAAAACCCAACAUGACAUUUCAUUGCCUUUCUUUUUCCCACUCCCGGUUGAGAAACUUUCGCCGGGGAGUUGGAAGAUUUGCGAAAUUUAAUCUAAUCUUUCUUUUGAAAAAGAGAGAGGGAGAAAAUGGCGUUCCACUUGAGACAGAGAAGGGUCCCUAUUCUUCUGUCGGCGGAACCUUCAAGGGGCACACCUUUCCGGCAGCUUUAGCAAAGAUUAUGGUUGAUUGAAAUUUCUCCCAACUAAAUCGUAGAACAUUGGUAACUCUAUUUUGUUUUGUUCUGUUUAUCGGCUUCGCAUUAAAGAUCGAGGAAAAUUUCUUUCUCCUCAAACAGGAGAGGAGAUUAAUGAAAUCGUCAAAAGAUUAAUGAAAUUUUAAUGAGUCUGCUACCGGGUAAGCGGACCAGUGAUGGUAAAAAAUCGCAUCAUGCGAUCAAUGAAUAGGUAUAUUUCUCUUAUCGGAUUUAUUGACAUCCCCAUCAGCAGGCGACACUCUUUCACUCGUCAAUCUCCCACAGAGAGUAUAUUUUGAACGGUGAGCUACCAAGAUCUCAAGAGAGCAGUAUGAGCAGUAAUUCGCUGAUGCCUGUACUCUCCAGCGUAAUGCUUCUACUAUGCAAGCUUUAUCGUGAGUGAUUGCUACCAACGAUUAAUCGCAGAGUAUAAAGCCUGCGAUGAGCACUUGUUCCGACAAUGUAUCGGCCAUCCGGAGAAAAAUUGGAAGCGAACAUCGUUCGUUUGACUAACGAUGUUCCAUAGUUUCUAGAUGCAUGGUAGUCCUUCUUUCAAGCAUGAAAAACGGCAAUUAUUUUUGAUUACUCUCAAAUUUUGCUUUUAAGCAACGGAAUUAAGAUUUUUUUAAUCAAAACUCAUGCAGCUAAAAAAACGUAGCAAAAUCUUCUUUUUACACUAUGAAUGUUUAUGCGAAAUGCUCAUCUGUUGACAUUUAUUGAUCUUGUAUCGGCCAUCCGGAGAAAAAUUGGAAGCGAACAUCGUUCGUUUGACUAACGAAGUUCCAUAGUUUCUAGAUGCAUGGUAGUCCUUCUUUCAAGCAUGAAAAACGGCAAUUAUUUUUGAUUACUCUCAAAUUUUGCUUUUAAGCAACGGAAUUAAGAUUUUUUUAAUCAAAACUCAUGCAGCUAAAAAAACGUAGCAAAAUCUACUUUUUACACUAUGAAUGUUUAUGCGAAAUGCUCAUCUGUUGACAUUUAUUGAUCUUGUACAAUAAAAAGACGACUACCACAAACAAAACAACCUGCAUGGAUUGGUGCACCAUGGUUAGUUGUUUACCUCAACGUUAUUGUUGUUGUUUACAUUUUCGUUGUUUCACCUCGUUGUGGUAAAUAAAAAAAAAUGCUUGAAGAACAUUAAUCCUCCAGUUCCAGUUUAACAUGGAUAAUAACAAGGACAACUACGACGGAAUAGAGUUCCUGGAGCAGGAAACAGCGGGAUCUCCGGUGGCUGGAUCGUCGGGAACUUUCAGAUUCUCGAAAUCCUUGUUGGAUACGACCCAGGUCUCUGACGAUGGGAACUCGAGGAAUGUCGAAUUCUCAUUGUUGCCCGAUAAUACGACGGAGGAAGCUGAAAACGAAGAAAGUGGUGCAUCCGCACCAAAUGGUACUGAAGACGCUCAUUACGCCAACAAACUCAGACCGAGCCGGAGCCCACUCGACCCGUGAUUGUGCUGCUUUGGCUAAAGAGCUUAAGGAAACUCACUUGGAUUUAGAGGGACAUCAAAGCUCGUGGAUGUUGUGGGCCAACUUCAUCCACUCUUCGCCUGCUCACAAGCAAGAGCAAUUGAAAAUUGAUCCCGCACCGCCUUUGGAGCUCGCCAAAUACUUCCGAUGGACAAAUGUGUCAGAAGCAGCCCGCCUGCAGUCAGUACAUCGGGGUGUCACAGUGGCUCAUACUGUGAAUGCUGGUUGGGUGAAAGAAGCGGCUGAAAUAAGGGAAGAAAUUUCAGCAGCACUUGGAAUACUUAACAACGUUUCCCGCAAGCUCGAAGCAAUGAUAACAAAAGGAUUAGCCGCUGGAGAUUUUAUCACCGCAGUGCAAUCAGCAAUCCGACCAGAAGAGUCCGAAGUGAGCCAAGUGUUGGCGGAGAAAGUAACUGAUUGUCCCGAUGUUGAUCACUCUUAAAGUGUUUUUCUUGUUUUGAUUUUACGGUUUUGAAUAAAUAAAAUAAGUUUUAUUUGCAAUAGU